AUGGACAAAGCGGAGGUGGAAUUCGGAGGGGGACCGUACCGCAUGAUGACUAUGGGAGGGCCUGUAAUGGUGUUACCUGCUAAGUUUGCAGACGAGAUUCGAAAUGAUGACCGACUAAGCUUCAAUAAGUCUGCAGAACAGGACUACCACGCUCACUUACCCGCCUUUGAGCCGUUUCGAGGCGAUAUAACCGACCUUCUUGCGAACGUCGCAAAGAAGUACUUGACCAAACUCAUAGGGAAAACAACAAGGCCUCUUUCUGAAGAGGCUGCCCGCACCUUAGAGACAAAAUUGGGCGAAUCACCGGAAUGGCAACAGGUCAGCCUCGAGAACACGACACUUCAGCUGGCUUCUCGCAUGACGGCACGAGUCACCGCCGGUGAGGAUCUUUGCCGCAACGAAACCUGGCUCCGGAAUACCAUGGAAUACACAAUCAAUGCGGCCAAGGCGGCCAAGAUUCUGCAACUCCUUCCGGCUCCGGUGCGUCACAUCGCCCACUUGUUCCUGCCCCAGUGUCGGGAGAUGCGCGCACAGCUCGUAACAGCCCGCGCCCUGGUGCAGUCCGUCCUCAAGAAACGCAAGCAUGAGCACCUUGAGGCGGCUUCCAAGGGAUCACCUGCCCCCUGCUACGACGACGCCAUCGAUUGGGGAGCAUUGGAAUACCAGAACAGUAAAGGCGACCUUCGUGGGUCGGGGUACCAGCCGGCUCUCUUCCAGCUUCAGACAUCUGUCGUUGGUCUUCAUAGCACAACCGACCUCCUUACUCAGACACUGAUCAAUAUCCUUCUCCGCCCGGAGCUGAUCGCGCCCCUGCGGGAGGAAAUUGUAAACGCUAUCAGCGACCAGGGCUGGUCCAAGCCUUCCCUUCACAAACUCCAUCUCAUGGACAGUAUCAUGAAAGAGACGCAGCGAUUGAAGCCACUUGAGCUCAUCACCAUGCACCGGAUGGCCACGUCUGACGUGAAGCUAUCGGACGGGAGUCUGAUACCCAAGUACACAUGCUCGGUGCUAGCUAAUACAACGCGACUGGACCCCAUGGUAUACGAAAAUCCCCAGGAAUUCGACGCAUACCGCUUCUUGCGGAUGCGAGCCAACGCCGAUCUGAAGUACCAAGCGCCGAUGGUCAGCACGGGCAUCAAUUCCCUUGGGUUUGGCCAUGGAUUACACGUGUGUCCGGGGCGAUUCUUUGCCACAGACGUCGUCAAGAUGGCGCUGUGCCACCUGUUGCUCAAGUACGACAUCGAGCUGGCCCCGGACUGCCGACCUGAACCAUAUAAAUCCAUUGGCUUUCACUUGGAUCAUGACCGCAGCGUGCAGAUAUUGAUCCGCAGACGGAAGGAAGAGAUUGAUAUGAAUGUAUUGUGA